GGAAGGUCGGAGGAGAAACCGGGAGCAAGUCGGGCCCUUUGGGCGCCUCCGCGGAGUAUGAAGCAGAGGAAGCAACGAGGAGAGUGAGGAUGCCAAGAAGAGCACUCUGGACAACAGAGAAUGAGAAGCAGCAUUAAAGUGCAGAAUAAGCCAUCAUUCAAAAUAUUUUCCAAUCCCUCUGGAAAGUUUGAAAACUCUUCUUCCUCAGCAGAUGAAAGACAGGGGAAAGAAUAAGAAGAACAACGUUUUGAACUGGAAAAAAUAGAGCACAUGGAACUGAAAAAAAAAACAUUAAAUGAGAAAUCAAGGAGGGUUAUAUUUAAAUAAAAAGUGAACAACUUAAAGUCAGUAGGAAGAAAAGGUUCAAUGUAAAGCCAAAAUUGGCAGCCAUUAAUUAAAGCUUUUGAGGAAGGAAAGAGUGACUUGAACCAAACAACCAGCAGGCAAGAGAUCAGAAAUAUUUUUCACUGCCUCAGGAAUCCAAGCAUAUCAGUGUUGGAAAACCCCCGCAGACUGCAUAAUGUGGGAAAAACCCAGAUUGCAGAUCACAUCUGAUUCUGCACAACAGGAUCUUUGUGGGAAAAGUUUCAGUCAAAAUUCCCACCUGAUGGAACACCAGAUGACACACAUAGGAGACAAACCGUACAAAUGUCCUGUUUGUGGGAAAGGUUUCAGUCUGAAUUCCGACCUAGUGAAACACCAGAGGACUCACACGGGAGAAAAACCUUAUCAGUGCCUGACUUGUGGGAAAAGUUUCCGUUGGAAUUCCCAGCUGGUAGAACACCACAGGACACACACAGAAGAGAAGCCGUAUAAAUGUAAUGAAUGUGGAAAAGAUUUCAAGCAGAGUUCUAAGCUUGUGAUACACCAGAGAACUCACACAGGAGUAAAACCAUUUCAGUGUCCGGAUUGUGGAAAAAGUUUUAGUCGGAAUUCCAACCUGAUGAUACAUCAGAAAACUCACACUGGAGAAAAACCGUAUCAGUGUCUGGAUUGUGGGAAAAACUUCCAGCAGAAUUCUAAGCUUGUGAUACACCAGAGGACUCACACUGGAGAAAAACCAUAUGAGUGUCCAGAUUGUGGGAAAGGUUUCAACUGGAAUUCCGAGUUGGAAGUACACCAGAGGACUCAUACUGGGGAAAAACCAUAUGAGUGUCCAGAUUGUGGGAAAGGUUUCAAUUGGAUUUCUUGGUUGGAAGUGCACCAGAGGACUCACACUGGAGAAAAACCAUAUGAGUGUUUGGAGUGUGGGAAAAGGUUUAGUCAUAAUUCGAACCUGGUGAUACACUGGAGGACUCAUACUGGAGAAAGACCAUAUGAGUGCCCUGAUUGUGGGAAAAGUUUCCAGCAGAAUUCUAAGCUUGUGAUACACCAGAGGACUCACACAGGAGAGAAACCAUAUAAGUGUCCAGAUUGUGGGAAAGGUUUCAGUUGCAAUUCUGACCUGGUGGUACACCAGAAGAUUCACACAGGAGAAAAACCGUAUGAGUGUUUGGAGUGUGGGAAAAGUUUCAUUCAAAAUUCCCACCUUGUGGAACACCGCAAGACUCACACAGGAGAAAAACCAUAUAAGUGUCCAAUUUGUGGGAAAGGUUUCUAUCGGAAUUCUCACAUGAUAGUACACCAGAGGUCUCAUACGGGAGAGAAACCAUUUGAGUGUCUAUUUUGUGGGAAAGGUUUCAUUCAGAAUUCCUAUCUGGUUAAACACCAGAGAAUUCACACAGGAGAAAAACCAUAUGAGUGUCCGGAAUGUGAGAAAAAGUUCAGUCGGAAUUCUGACUUGAUGAUACACUGGCGGACUCACACAGGGGAGAAACCGUAUGAGUGUCCAGAUUGUGGGAAAGCUUUCAGUGUCAGGUCUAGCCUUAUAAAUCAUGUAAGGUUACACACAGGGGAGAAACCAUUCAAGUGUCCAGAUUGUGGGAAGUGUUUCACACAAAAUUCCUCUCUCAUCGCACACAAGAAAUUCCAUAUGAAGCAAAAUUUGAUGUGUGUAGAGGAAUCUUGAAUUUGGUUUCUCUUCUCUCUUUGGAAGCCCAGUUGAUAAAUUAACCAUUUAAUUUCUUGUUUUAUUCUUUUUAGUCAAACAUGUCUCAGUAUCAAACAUGAGGGAGGAAAUCUGAGUUACCUUUCUCUGGAGUUGUGUGGGUGUUCCUUUUCACAGCAUUGAGGGGAAUUGCCAUGCUGGGGCACAGAAAAGGCUCUUAGAUCUUAUUAGGUACAUUUGCCAUCUUGAGUUAUUUCUAAGACAGCAGUGAGUCAGAAGAAGAGUUAGAGCCUGUUCCUAGUGUGCACAUGCGCAGAGCUGCUAGAGAGAAGAACUAAGAAAGCAGGGUCGACUUGAGAGUAAAGCAUACCUGGGAGGUUAUUGGCGCCUCCCAUAGGAAACAAAAGAGGAGCGAAUGGGGAGGGGGCUUUUGCAGGAAAGAAUUCGGUCGGUCGUUGGAAAAGUGGAAAGUUCUGUUCGUGACUCUAAGGGGCUCUGUGCCACAUUUUGCCUUUCCUGCGGUUGGAAAUUAGUUAUCUGGCAGCUUUCCAAUUGAGAUCAGGCGUGUUGAUAGAUAUGCCUCUGAAAGACUGUAUGCAAAGCCGUGCUGAUUGUGAAUGAAUGUAAUUCACAGUCGUGUAAAUAAAAGGGGUUUUACCGGGA